AAUAAAUAAAUAAUCCAUCUACGGGAGAAGCUGCAGCGGUGACUCCGGUGAGCCGGUAGGAGGAGACUGUGCUCCGUCUUCCGUGUUUACCCCAACACUGCCCUAAUUACACCGCACGAUUGUACCUUUGUGCACGUUUCUGUGCCCUCGUCCACUUUCUCUGAAUCUAGGGGGGUAAAUCAAUAAACAGGCGAUCGCUCUGCGUCUUGCGGCUCCACCACAACGUGUCCCGUAAACACAGCGAUAUAUCUGGGAGCGAUCGACCGCCUCAUCCAUGCAUUGGAGUCCCGGGCCCCGGCACACCGGCUCCGGCUCCAGCCAUGUCGGCCAGGAACGUAGCGACCGGCGGCGGUGACAGGGCGGGAGGCGAACCGGCAGAGGAUGUGCUGGUUGAAGAAAAUCAAAGCAGUUCCAUGUCCCUGUCCAGCCUGAUGACCACGGCCUCAGCCGCUGGUGUGUCCUUGAGCAUGGACAUGACUCGGAAACGCAAGGGCAGCAUGGACAACCAUGAUUCAAAGUCUGCUUCAGUCCUUGAUGUAGAUAUGGAAGAUGACCAAAACGGGUCAGAUGGAGACGACCAACAUGUCAAAAUUAAAUGCUUCAGGGAACCACACAGCCAAAUUGAGAAGAGGAGACGGGACAAAAUGAACAACCUCAUAGACAAGCUGUCGGCCAUGAUCCCGACCUGUAACCCCAUGUCUCGUAAACUGGACAAACUCACUGUGCUCAGAAUGGCUGUGCAGCAUCUCAAAUCCCUCAAAGGUUCAGCAAGUUCCUUCUCUGAAGCCAACUACAAACCAUCGUUCCUUCCGGACGAGGAGCUUAAACACCUCGUCCUUAAGGCUGCAGAUGGGUUCCUGUUUGUAGUGGGCUGUGAUCGUGGGAAAAUAGUUUUUGUCUCAGAGUCCAUCACGAAGAUAUUAAAUUAUAGUCGGGCGGAGCUGAUUGGACAGAGUCUGUUUGAUUACAUACACCCCAAGGACAUGGGAAAAGUGAAGGAGCAGCUGUCGGCUUCUGAAUUAUACCCUCGUGAACGUCUAAUAGACGCUAAAACCGGUCUCCAGGUUCAGGCCGACCUCCCCGUCGGUGCAGCGCGGCUGUGCUCAGGCGCACGACGCUCUUUCUUCUGCCGCAUGAAGUACAACAAAGUUUCUGUCAAAAUGGAAGAGAAGGAAUCUCAGGCCAACACGUCCAAAAAGAAAGAGUCGCAGAAGUUCUGCACAGUCCACUGUACAGGCUACAUGCGCAGCUGGCCCAGUAGUCAAAUGGAGGCGGAGGGGGAGGGGGAAGCAGACAAGCAGGACAGCUCCCACUUCAGCUGUCUCGUAGCAGUGGGACGUGUCCACUCCCACUCGUCUCCCCAGGUUAACGGAGAAGUCCGGGUUAAACCCACAGAGUUCGUCACGCGCUAUGCUAUGGAUGGCAAAUUCACCUUCGUUGAUCAACGAGCGACAACAAUUCUUGGUUACCUUCCCCAAGAAUUACUUGGGACGUCCUGCUACGAGUACUUUCAUCAAGAUGACUUACCGCAUUUAGCUGACAGACAUCGAAAAGUGCUACGGAGUAAAGAGAAAAUAGAGACAAACUGCUACAAGUUCAAAACAAAAUAUGGUUCUUUUGUCACUCUGAAAAGCCAGUGGUUUAGUUUUGUAAAUCCGUGGACCAAAGAAGUAGAAUACAUAGUGUCAACUAACACAGUCAUAUCGCACGAUCACAGUCGAACGAGUCGGUCGGGAAACAAGUCUGAACAAUCAAGCAAUUCCAAGGCCUCUGAAGAAGAAUGCAAGAAGUCCCUCCCAAUCAUACCGGGCAUCUCCACCACACCUGGAACUAUGAUAUACGCUGGAAGCAUAGGGACCCAGAUAGCCAAUGAGCUGCUGGAUUUCAACAGGAUGAAUUCGUCACCUUCCAGUGGUACCGUCAGCCCGUUCAGCCUACCACAGGACAAGUCUCCUCAGACUCAACUCAGCAACAGUGUGCCAAAUGGAGUAACAUCAGACAUGGAGAUUCCUGGAAAGUCCAGCUCAGACGACGAACCCCAAGGAGCUGCGUUCUCUGCAGGAGAAACUCUCAUGGGGGAAAAUUCUCAGCUGGACUUGGACAGCAUGGUCGGGCCGGGCCUUAGUAGUCUUAGCAACGACGAGGCAGCCAUGGCAGUGAUCAUGAGCCUCCUGGAGACGGACACCAACCUGGGAGAGACUGUGGAUUUCGAAGAGAUGCACUGGUCCUUAUAGAAUCUGCAUCUGCACGCAACACUUGGACCGUCAGUGUGAUGAUGGCCAGAACUGCAUAAUGCUCGCUCCAAGAAACGGCAUUAUGUUGUUUUUUGUUUUUUGUUUUUUUUAAAUACUUUAAUUUAUUAGUUAGCCUUUUUUCCACAUAAGCUGUGUUUGGUCGGCUGCUCUAUCAGGUGCGGGAUCCACGGAAAAUGAGGAGCAACUGCUCUCCCUCUUCAGAAAGAGGACGUGCCUCUAAAGCCUUAUAGCGGUUUGCCUGCCCUGACACGCUGUCCUCCUCCUCCUCCUCCUCCUCCUCUUCCUCCUCUUUUUUCCUCAAGUCUACUGUCUGAAGCCAAUGAAUGCGAAUGGCAGUGAUGUGACAUGGAUCAUGACGGCUCUGGAUUCCUGCUUCUAUUUCUCUCUUCCAACUACAUUUAUUAAACAAAGGUUGAGAGCGGUAAUGCAAAAAACAAAAAAAAACAAAAAAAAAAAAUUGCACUGAAUAGAUGAAACGUUUUUAAACGGUUGUAAUUUCCACUAGGUACUGUACUUUUAAUUGAAAUGCGACACACCGCGACGACCUGGCCCAUGUCUGCAACCCCUCAGGACCCCAACCCGCCGGUAUCCAGUGUACCGCGGCAGACCACACUUCCAUAACCUCUGCUCUUUGAGAGCCGCCUGACGUCGUGGCACUCUGAGAUUUUUCUCUUAACUUGUCAGUAUCUGAACACUGUCGAUGAAAGCGGUCUAGUAACCUCUUCUCUUGCACGCAGACUCAAACACACUGUAUACGUGUGGAGACGGUAUGAUUUGCAAACAUCAUGUCUUCAGGCCAAACGUGUCUUAAAGGGAUAGUUUGCAUAGGAAGCCCUGGAAUUUUGCUGGCUCUAGCUUCAAACAUUUAACGUUUCGUGGCAGCAGAAAUACACACACACGCCGUCGUAAAUUUGUCGAGACCUGCCAGUUUGGGUGGUUUUGCCGCGUACUCACUGCUGUGUAUUUGCGAGCACUACAGUAUGAUGUCAUGAAAAGCUAAACAGCACUUUAGAGGCGCUGAAAUCGAGGUUUGGUUGCUUUGGCUGCGAGACGACGAACCCAUUUCUCAUCUGUGACAUUUUAUCAAUGCGUGUUCGAGGCUUGACGAUGGACGUGAUAACUCAGGGAGUUAUCCAGGUUUAAGGUUUUACACACUUCCCCGCGUACUGUUCAUUGGUAUGCGGCGUAGAGAUUCUGUUCACCUGUGCGUCUGUGUUCGUAUUGUGAGCUGUCGUCAUUCGGAUAAGCCAUAGCUUUAGCUCUUUUUCUUUUUUUUUUUUUUGUCUUUUUUCAUGUACUGUUAUGCACUGACAGUCAAAAGACACGAUGAUGUCUGUAGUGCGUACAAAGAGACACACAACUUUGCCAUGCUGACAUUUGUUGAGGGACUGUGCUAUGCAGAGCAAUCAUUCCAUGAGUUUCUAAACUUUAAAAAAGUUCUGUUAUUUCCUCUCAGUGUGUAAAGGUCACGUGCAUGACUCCUAAAGAUAUGAAAUCCUUUGCUGUCUUGUAAUAUGAUAUUUGGUGAGAACUUGAACAGAGUCGAUGUGUGCUACGGAUCCCGUUGCUAUUUACCUCGUAAUUUUUUGCCCAUGGUCGAAAACUGCAGAUUUAGCUUUUAUUCCAAGAGGAAAAAAAAAAAAAAAAACAUUUAUAGCAAUUAUGUGAUGACCUGUUUGUUUAGAGAUCCACUCAACACGUGGUUGAGUUGAUUUAUUUUAUAGAAUUUACCAAAGUAUAACAAAGUUAUUGGCUAUUGCACUUAAGUAUACUGAUUCUGAUUAAGCAAAAGAAAAAAGAAAAAAAAAAAAAUCUCAAAGCGAUAUAUAAAAUUUAUAAAAGGUUACACAUCCAGCAAAAUUAUUAUUUUGGCCCACGUAACAUUCAUUUUGUAUUUUAUCCCCUGCGACCGUAUGUUGCAUUAAAGUUUUAUAGAACGGGCUGAGUAUAGAAGAGUACAAUAUACAAACUAACCCCAUAUCUAACCGAGUUACGCCCCAACAUUUCAUGACGCAUCGUUCAGUCUCUCCAGCCACGAUUUUUAUUCCCGAGGACUGUUGAGGAUGUUUCCAAUAAGAACUCUUGUUUCAAGGAUAGAAGAGAAAUAUGAAGAAUUCCGUCUUUUUUUCCCUAGUGCUUGAAUUAUGAGGAGCUGAACUCACAAGGACCCUUGAGUCUGUGUCCGAAGUGCCUUUGGACAUUCCUGCUCGGACACACAAUGAGGCCGUGUGGCGUUCGGAGACCUCCUCCCACGUGGGUCGCCUCAGCUGACUGAACGGAGGGCUAAAACGUAUCAUUGGAUUAACUUGACCCAACAUGGCGAGCCGUGCUCAUCCUCUGUGAAGUGGAGGCUUGUUCAGAGAUGAAACAGAAACCUGUACAUGUUGGCUUCGAUACUCACUACCUAACCAAACACCCUGAGCUAUGGAGUUGUGCCAUAGAUGCAAAACUGGUCAUUUUUAAAAGGCAAAAAGGACAUUUUGUAUUACUACUACUACUACUACUACUACUACAACGUCUUUGUUCCCAUUUAUCUUGUUCAAUCAUUGCACUGUUGUGACUGUCAUUUUUCCCCAGGAAGCUAAAAUAUUUCUCACACAUCAUCUUAUUUGGUAACCGAGUGAUAACCCCUUUUAAGAGGUCACGUACUUUGCUUUUGUCUCCAUGUGAAAUAAAAUAGUUUUGGUAAGCUGGG